UUAUGAACUUUCGAAUAAAAAAACGAACUGCAACUUGUAAAACAUGCAAGAUGAGAAUAUGGGAUGGAGAUGCCACGACGUCCAACUUUGUCCGGCAUUUGAAGCUUCACAAAGAUGGUGCAGUCCUGGCAAACGGGGAGAUGGCAGAGUGCGAGUGUUUGUUUGGAGAAAGAGGAGGAGGAAGAGGAGGUCACCUGCUGUUGAUGGUUGGCACUCAACAUUAGAGCAAACGGAUGACGUCAACCUACACCCUCUACCUCCUGCGGACUGCGUGUUCGGAGGACCUUUCAUCUCCGGAAACAACACCUCUUCCACAAAGCUGGCCUCACAGAGCCCGACGCAGGAACCGAGGGCUCUUUCUGUCCAUCCUGCCUCCCCAUCUGCAGCGCUGUCAAUAAUUAUUGAAGCUCCAUCAUGUUGGCAGCACAGUGACAUCGGCAUCCGUCUCUGGGUUCACGGCGGUGAGGAGGAGCUGGAGGAGGGGAUGGAUUUACUCUUUUCUGCAGGAUCAGCCGAACGAAAUGUGCACAGCGGGAACGCUGCCAUGUACGUCCCUCGGUGCACGACAGUGCAGCACAGCUGUGGAAGCCACCUAAAAUUUGAUUCCUCUCGCCGUAGCCUGGCAACGGCGGGUAUUAGCGCUCGCAAGCUGGAUGGGUGCAGUUCUGGUGCCAGAGGCAGGAUGGGCGCCUGGUUGCAGCUCAUUGGCAGAUGACAUUGAGUGAAAGCUGGCAUUCUGAGAUUAGGGGAUCAGAUGCUCACAGUGCUCCACGCAGGAAGUGGUAUAAAAUGUAAAAAAAAAUAAAAAAUCAAUGCCAGGAGGGCUUGACAGGUCCUUGUGU